AUGGCUGCCGAUACGAGAGAACCGCAACCCAAUGAGUUGCCCAAAGGUGUUGUCAUAGGAAAGGAUGGCAAGCCUUGCCGAUCAUGUACAUCGAAAAAGGAUUUUGCCUCGUGGGCGCAGAUGGCCAAAUCAUCACUCAAGUCCGGGGGUGGUAAUGUAGGCGCUGCUACUGCUGGAGUCGGUGCCGGUGCCGGUGCCGCAGCCGCAGCCGCUUCGGCCAACUCCUCGCAACAGGCCACGCCGGACGACUGCCCUGCCGAUGUCGAGACACUAGGUCGGAGCACCUGGACUCUACUACACUCCAUCGCCGCGACAUACCCCAAGACACCAAACACUGCCCAGCAGUCCGAUCUCAAGACUUUCAUGGGAGUCUUCUCAAGACUCUAUCCAUGUUGGGUAUGCGCCGAAGAUUUCCAGGAAUAUAUGCAGAAGGAACGUAUUCAGGUCGGUAGCCGUGACGAGUUUGGCAAGUGGCUGUGCGAGGCGCACAAUGCCGUCAACGUCAAACUAGGCAAACAAAAGUUUGACUGUUCGAAGUGGGAAGAGAGAUGGCGAACGGGCUGGAAAGACGGGCGUUGUGAUUGA